AUGGUUGCUUCUACAUUCUCCCAUCCUCUAGACCCAAUCUCUCCAUCGGAAAUCCGUGUAGCAUCCGAUGUUCUGAAAGAGCACUCGUUGACCACCAAUUUGAGGAUAAAAGUCGUCGAUCUGUUCGAAGGUCCGAAGAACCAUGUUUUGUCUUGGAUUGCCGAUAAGGCCAACACUUUAGAUCGGCGGGCGAGAAUUUAUUAUCACCUUGUUGGCUCCCCACAUCUUUGGAAAGCUGUCGUCAACAUCACACGGCGCAUCGCCGAGUCACAAGAAGAGUAUCCUGAUGCCCAAGGACCGGUGGACUAUUGGGAAUUCGAACGCGUUCAUGAUGCAUGCAAUUCACAUCCCGAUAUACUGGCCGAGGUAGCUAAGCUGAAGCUCCCGGCCGGAGCCAAAGUCAUCAAUGACCCAUGGGCGUAUGGCACAGAUGACGCCAAAGAGCGGAGACGACUAUUCCAAUGCUAUAUGUACAUUGUCCUGAACGACGAUCCUGAAGCAAAUCACUACUCUCUUCCUGCGCCCUUUGCGCCAGUCUUCGAUGCGCACACUCUCGAGCUUUGCUGGGUAGAUCGCCUCCCUUUGAAUUCUGGUCUUGAGACCACCGCCGAUACACAGCCUUGGAAUGCCGUCCGACCUGUCGAGUAUGCUGAGGGUCUUUUGGGCCAAGAUUACUUCAGGAAGGACCUCAAGCCAUUGCAGAUCUCUCAACCAGAUGGCCCAUCCUUCACGAUCAGGGGUCGGAGCAUCUCCUGGCAAAAGUGGAACUUCCACUUAGGCUGGAACCUUCGCGAAGGGCCUGUGCUGAACAACAUCACAUAUGAUGGAAGGUCGUUAUUCUACCGUAUUUCUAUGAGCGAGAUGACAGUGCCCUACGGUGAUCCACGAACACCCUACCACCGGAAACAAGCGUUCGACCUGGGGGAUUCUGGGUUUGGUCUGACAUCAAACACUUUAGAACUUGGCUGCGAUUGCUUAGGCCAUAUUCACUACUUCGAUGGGUACAGAUGCGACUCUGAAGGACAACCCGUGCUCAUGAAGAAUGUUGUCUGUGUGCACGAGGUCGACCAAGGCAUCGGAUGGAAACACACGAACUUCCGCAACAAUGUUUCAUCAGUCGUGCGGGACCGCCAACUUGUUCUGCAAUGUACAGCAACAGUUGCAAACUACGAGUACAUCCUAUCUUUCAUCUUCGACCAGGCCGCAAACUUGCACGUUGAGGUGAAAGCGACAGGUAUUGUCUCAACCAUGCCUUCGAACGAGGGAGCUCAGCAUGAGUGGGGGACCACCGUAGCGCCUGGUGUCAUGGCUGCAAACCAUCAACACUUGUUCAAUGUGCGCAUCGAUCCUGCACUCGAUGGUCGGAAGAACAGCAUCGUGUAUGAAGACUGUAUACCGAUUGCUGACUUAGACAAGUCACUUGACCUCUUUGGCAACGCAUUCCAGGUAAAUUCAACAACCAUCAAACAGCCAGGCGCAUAUAAUCUUGAUCUUACCAAGUCUCGUACCUACAAGAUCAUCAAUCCUUCGCACAUCAACAGCAUCUCUGGAAAACCUGUUGGGUACAAAUUGCACGCCAUUCCAUCUCAAAUGAUGAUGAUGAGCCCAUCAACCUUCAAUUACAAGCGAGGUGUCUUUGCAUCAAGACCAAUCUGGGUCACUAAAUACAGGGACGACGAGCUGUAUGCUGCUGGCGAAUUCACCAACCAGAGUCGCGAAGACACAGGCCUGGCCAUCUGGAGCGAGAGGCAGGAGGAUGUUGAGAACGAAGAUGUUGUCCUGUGGCACACGUUUGGUGUCACGCAUGUUACUCGACCUGAAGGUGAGUGGGACGCUUUUUCCAGACCUGCCUAUCCGCUCACUUUUGAUGUAGAUUUCCCAGUCAUGCCAAAUGAGAAGAUGACGAUGAUGUUGAAGCCGACAAGCUUCUUUGAGUCCAAUCCUUCCAACGAUGUCCCGCGCUCGACACAGAAAUUCAAUAAGUCGAAGUUGACCGAUUGUACUGUUUGUCCGAAGAGCGACUCCCGGAUAUGA